GUAGAUAAACCAGCUGAUGAAAAUAUGAAUAGCAAGAUGUCACCAGUCUUACUCUUCCUCUUCUUCAGUUUAUCCAUUAAUUUCACGAAUGGAGGAAAAUCAAAAUACAUAAGUGCAUGCUACUAUACCAAUUGGUCUCCAGUGAAGCAGGAAGCAAAAGCUCGCUUAUUUCCUGAGAAUUUGCCUGGCAACUUGUGUACGCAUCUUAUGUAUGCGUUUGUCAAAAUCAAAGAUGAUUUAUCCAUAUAUACAUCAGAAGAAAAAGAUCUUACCGGUAAUUAUGAGAAGUUUAAUGCACUUAAGAAAAAGUACAACACCAUUACAUUACUUUCAGUCGGUGGAGAGGCUGCUGAAAACAGACACUUUGAAAUGGUAUCAGCAACAGCGGAAAACCGAACAAAAUUUGCUGAUAAUAUUAUUAAUUAUGUACGGAAGUACAAUUUUGAUGGAAUUGAUAUUGAUUGGGAAUAUCCAAAUUCUGUUACAAAACAUAACUUCACUUUGCUUCUAAAGACAUUAAGAGAUUCUAUUGAGAAAGAAGUAAAAAUAUCAAAGAGAAACAAGUUGGUAUUAUCAGCUGCAGUUGGCGUUGGUAAACAACGUAUAACAAAUGGUUAUGAAGUGGAUAAAGUCUCUGAAUAUGUAGACUUUCUGAAUGUGAUGGCUUAUGAUUUUCAUGGCAGUUGGAACAGAAUAACAGGAUUUAAAAGUCCUCUCUAUGCUCGAAAAAACGAUUUAAGAUAUGAAAAGGAACUCAGUCAGGAAUGGUCGAUAGAGUAUUGGUUAAAACUGGGAGCCCCCAAAAAUAAGCUCGUUUUGGGAAUGACAGCAGCUGGUAAUACGUAUACCUUAAAGAAUGCAAGUCAGCACGGUUUAGGAGCACCAGUGGAGAAAGCAGGAAAUAAAGGACCAUAUACAAAAGAAGAGGGAUUUCUGUCUUAUUAUGAGAUAUGUAAUAAACUAAACAAAGAUAAUUACACUUAUGAAUGGGAUGAUAUCCAAACAGUACCAUUUGCUUACAAAGGAGAUCAGUGGAUUGGCUUUGAUGAUUACAAGAGCAUACAACUGAAGACCAAAUGGCUAAUUUCUCAACAGUUAGCAGGAGCAAUGUUGUGGUCACUGGACUUAGACGAUUUUAGCAACAUGUGCGGGAAAGAAGCCUUUCCACUAACCAAAGCUAUCCGUUAUACUCUUGAUCGCGAUGUAGGACUUGUUACUACCACAGAAUCUCCUGCAACAAAAAGACCAAAACUUACAACUACUGCAGGUGCCACUUAUGUUCACAUGUCAUACUACUUAGCAGCAUAUAUUCUUACAGCUUAUAUCUUCUAUUAUAAUAUGUGAAGAAUGAUAUCAGUUAUGACAUGGGAAGAAAAUAGAGGAACAGCAUCUCUAACAUCCUUAUUUAUAACACCCAUGUCUUUACUUCAUUGUGGUUUAAUAUCUGUAACUUUUAAUUUGGUAUUUUUAAAAUGUUUUAUAAAUAAAUAUAUAAACAA